GUACUACGAGAGAAUUACAACCGGGAUUGCAGUCAGUAUCAUCUGUUUACCAGGAUCGUGAUUAUUUCAAUUAAAACUAUAAUUAGAUACAAUACACAACUCCGCCAUGAGGGGCAGUGGGCGAUGGCGGUGAAUCAGCCGAGGACAAAGAGAAAAACGCAGAAGCAGAGAGGGAACGGUUGGAGGCGAUCCGGGAGGCCGAGGAAAGACGCAAAGAGAAACACCGCAAGAUGGAAGAAGAACGGGAGAAAAUGAGACAAGAAAUCCGAGAUAAGUAUAACAUUAAGAAGAAAGAAGAAUUACCCGAACCGGUACAAGAAGAGCCCGCCAAUCCGUUGAUGCGCAAAAAGAAAACACCCGAAGAGUUGGCCAAAGAGGCAGAAAUGGAAGAAGAGGACGAAUUUACGAAGUUGAAGAAUACCAUAGAAACACAAGUAAACGAACUCAAAUCUCAAAUCGAGAGCAAGUGCAGUCUUCAAUAAGAUGUGUUCAAAAACGAUGUGGAACAAAUAAUAACCCAAUGAAUAAAAAAAAAUAAAUAAAUAAAUACAAAUUUAAAAUUUAAAAACUAUAAGAAACCUAAAA